AUGGCUCCCGGUUCCUCAAAUGAGAAGAAGACUGAUAAUGAACAGGCUUCAAAAGAGAAUUUUAUCCAGCUCUGCAACCCUCACCUGGAAAAAAUGAAAGAAGACAUCCUGUACCAUUUUGCUCUUGGGACUGGUACCCAUGAUUUUCCAGCAUUGUUUGGGGAUGUAAAGUUUGUGUGUGUUGGAGGAAGUCCUUCACGGAUGAAAGCUUUUACUGCCUACAUAGCUGAGGAGCUGGGGCUUGGGAGCUCUAAUUGUGACUACCCCAACAUCUGUGCAGGCACUGACCGUUAUGCAAUGUACAAAGUGGGACCUGUUCUGUCUGUCAGUCAUGGCAUGGGCAUUCCUUCUAUUUCAAUCAUGUUGCAUGAGCUGAUCAAGCUGUUGUAUCAUGCCAAGUGUUCCAACAUAACCAUCAUUCGUAUCGGCACCUCUGGAGGAAUAGGUCUGGAGCCAGGCUCAGUCGUUAUAACUAAGCAGUCUGUAGAUGCCACCUUCAAACCUCAGCUGGAACAGGUUGUUCUGGGAAAGACAGUAAUUCGCAGUACUAACCUAGAUGAACAGCUGGCUAAGGAACUGAUGCAGUGCAGUAAAGAAAUCGGUCAGUUCAAUACAGUCAUUGGAAACACCAUGUGCACUUUGGAUUUCUAUGAAGGACAGGGCAGGUUGGAUGGUGCGAUCUGUUUAUAUGAUGAAGAAGAAAAACUGCAAUAUUUGAAGAAAGCUUAUGAUUCGGGUGUCAGAAAUAUUGAGAUGGAGUCUUCUGUAUUUGCUGCAAUGUGUAGUCUCAGCGGUGUCAAAGCUGCUGUAGUGUGUGUCACUCUUCUGAAUCGGCUCGAAGGCGAUCAGAUCAGCAGCUCACAUGAUGUCCUUGUGGAGUAUCAGCAGAGGCCGCAGAAGUUAGUGGGAUAUUUCAUUAAGAAAAGACUUGGGAAAGUAUGAAAUAUCUGUCUUUAUUUUGGAGAAGGAGAAGGCCUUUGUACAGAUGAAGUUAUGGUCAUGACUUCUGUACAUUACAGGUCUUUUGCCUCAGAAUAACUUACAGCAUUCCGUACGUCUGUGGAAGUUAAUCAUUUAUGUCACUGUUCUGUGGGAACUGAAUGUCCUAAAUGGACUUCAGUUAAGUUUUGCUUAGUUAUGUGUGGCUGGAUAUAAACCUCACUCUUCUGUGAAUUGGAAAGUGGAUCUUUUGUGAAGGACAAGCCUGCUAUGAUAUAUGAAAAAGCUU